AUGUUGAUAAAGUGGAGACGGAUCCACAUCUCCAAAGCGGCUCUGGACUGCCUGAACGGGGACUACGAGGUGGAGGAGGGACACGGGAAGGACCGCAACGACUUCCUGCGGCGCCACAACAUCGAGACGUUCCUCAUCAAGCAGCCGGAGGAGAGCCUGCUCACGCUGCCCGAGGACAUCAUGAAGGACAGCGCCAGCUCGGCCGACCGCCGGGUCAGCAGCGCCACCUUCAACGAGGCGUCCUGGAGCCCGGAGCUGCCCUUCGACAACAUCGUGGGGAAGCAGAACACUCUGGCUGCCCUCACGAGAAACUCGAUAAAUCUGCUUCCAAACCAUCUCGCUCAAGCUUUGCAUGUCCACUCCGGCCCCGAGGAGAUUCACACGCGAAUAGAGAGCGCCAUCGAGUCGCGGAGUGCCGAUGAGUUGAGACGAGAGCAUAUCAAGACUUUCUCACUGAUGUUUAACGACUCCGGCCUGGAACAGAAGUACUCCCAGAUGAGGGAUGAGGUCUUCAAGUCCAACCUGGUCUGCGCCUUCAUCGUGCUCAUCUUCAUCACCACCAUCCAAAGCCUUCUUCCCUCUGCCAGAAUGGUGACCAUGGUGGUCCAGUUCUCCGUCCUCAUCGUGCUCCACUCCUGCCUGGUCCUGGUCACGACGGCUGAGGACUACAAGUGUCUCCCUCUGGUCCUGAGGAAAACCUGCUGCUGGAUCAACGAGACCUACGCCGCGAGGAACGUCAUCAUCUUCGUCUCCAUCCUCAUCAACUUCCUGGCGGCCAUGAUCAAUAUACUGUGGUGCGACUUCGACAAGUCCAGCACCUUCAGGAACCAGACCUUCAACGAGUCGGCCUCCGUCCCCGACAUCUGCUUCUACCCAGAGUACUUCGUGUUCACCGGGGUCCUGGCGAUGGUGACCUGUGCCGUGUUCCUGCGGCUGAACUCGGUGCUGAAGCUGGCGGUGCUGCUGGUGAUGAUCGCCAUCUACUCACUGCUGACGGAGGCUUUCUACACCUCUCUGUUCAUCCGCUAUGACGCCCUGCACCACAACACACAGAACUUCCUGGGAACUAAAGAGACGUCUCUGCUCCUCAUGGCCAUGUUCCUCCUCGCGGUGUUCUACCACGGGCAGCAGUUGGAGUACACGGCUCGACUGGACUUCCUGUGGCGCGUCCAGGCCAAAGAGGAGAUCAACGAGAUGAAGGAGCUGCGAGAGCACAACGAGAACAUGUUGAGGAACAUCCUGCCCAGCCACGUGGCGCGCCACUUCCUGGAGAAGGACCGGGACAACGAGGAGCUCUACUCUCAGUCCUAUGACGCCGUGGGGGUGAUGUUCGCCUCCAUCCCGGGCUUCGCCGACUUCUACUCGCAGACCGAGAUGAACAACCAGGGAGUCGAGUGCCUGAGGCUGCUCAACGAGAUCAUCGCCGACUUCGACGAGCUGCUGGGCGAGGACCGGUUCCAGGACAUCGAGAAGAUCAAGACGAUCGGCAGCACCUACAUGGUCGUGUCCGGUCUGUCGCCUGAGAAACAGCAAUGUGAAGAUAAAUGGGGGCACUUGUGUGCGUUGGCAGACUUUGCCAUCGCCCUCAACGAGAGCAUCCAGGAGAUCAACAAGCACUCCUUCAACAACUUUGAGCUGAGGAUCGGUAUGGCUCACGGCUCGGUGGUGGCGGGUGUGAUCGGUGCCAAGAAGCCUCAGUACGACAUCUGGGGGAAGACGGUGAACCUGUCCAGCCGGAUGGACAGCACGGGCGUGAGCGGCCGGAUCCAGGUGCCGGAGGAGACCUGCACCAUCCUCAAGGGGCGUGGCUUCGCCUGUGAGUACCGGGGGGAGAUCUACGUGAAGGGCAUCAGCGAGCAGGAGGGCAAGAUCCGGACGCACUACCUGACGGGCCGGGUGCAGCCCAACCCGCUCAUCAUGCAGCCGCGCAAAAUCACCGGGCAGUACUCGCUGCCGGCCGUGGUGCUCAGCCUGGUGCAGUCUCUCAACCGGCAGAAGCAGAAGCAGAUCCUCAACGAGAACAACAACUCGGGCAUCUUGAAGGGCCACCACCACUACAACCGCAGGACGCUGUUAGCGCCCGGCUGCUCCGAGGCGGGGGGGGCGGGGCAUCACGCCGAGGUGGCUGAUAAGACUGAGCUGUCCUGAAGAGCAGACUGGAGCUUCGGUUCCAUGCAGGUUUCUCUGAGGCAGAGAUGCUCUUCAGGCAAAGAUAAUCCCAGUGGUUGAGUGAGGACCUCAGUGGGUGCAGCUAAUGAACACUGGUUUUUCUGACGCAGUAAUGUUAGCACACGUCCACGAUAGAGCAGCUGGUGAAAGUUCUUCAGGAGUCGUAAGUUUCUCACAACCUGGUUCCAGAUUCUCAACUAACAACCGACCAAUCAGAGCGUUGUAGGCUUUGUUAUCAAGACGUUAUGGAACCAGAGCUGAAAGCCUCAGAAGGUUCAGAGGUCUGGAUCAGAGCAGUUUAUCUGAACUCACAGUGACUCAACAGGACGAUGGAAUCCAUGACUAGGUCUGUGCAAAACCUUUGAAGCUUUCCAGACCUAAUGAUGGUUCUCCAGAGAAAGACCCCCCCCCCCCGUCCUGCAGGUCUAUGUAGGGUCUCUCACACACUGUAGAAUCAUCUGAGUCCAGCAGGCCUCACACGUAGUUAUGAUUGAGCUGGAUCCCUUUGGUUCCACGUGGGACAUCUCAAAUUUUAAAAAGAGGAAAUUAAUCUCAUGCUGCAACUUGCAUCUUGUAAAUUUGAUGAAUUUGAAAAUUCGGUGUCAAACAGGCAGACGAGAAGAGUUCAAGAUCUUUAAAACCUCUUUGGAACAGGAGUUGUACAAAUAUGCAAAUACGCAGACAAGCAGGUCCCGGGUGAAAGGUACUUUAUGUUGAUUUGUCCUCGAGCAGCACGAUGGGACAGUGUUUGUUUGUGUGGGUCCUCGUUGUGUGUCCCUGUGAUUUCUUCCCAGUUUCAUGAAGCUCCACAGAUCUGCAGAAACACCAGAGAUCCCAGCAGUGCACCAGCAGACACACACAACAUGAAGGCUGCCAGCCAGUUUCUAUGGAUGUAAACAAUGCAGGUUACCAGCUCAACACAAACUGGUCUGAUGCAGUCAGCGAGUUCAUUAGAUCUCAAGGAUACACACCAUGAAUGUAAACACAGUGUUUACAGGAAGCCUCCACAGGCGCCUGUAGGAGGCUGAUGAGAACCUGAGCUGGUUCCUCUGAAGCCAGUGAGCUUCUCUCUCAACGUUAUGCAUAUCAGGGAGGAGAGAAUGCACUGGUUUCAUUCCUCCAGGUUUCCCAGUUAGCCGGACUUCUUCCACUGAGGUGUAACUCAACCAAAGUGAUUAUUCCAGUCUCCUGAAUCAACUCUGCUUCUGAUGAAUGUUUGUAGAACUGAAACUCCACUUUGUUCCUGAAGGAGGAGCCGGUGUGGAGGAGCGAGGGCGGGACUGGAUCACACGCCCUCACCUGUUCGAUGUUCGAUUCCCUCAGACUGUCUGACGUUCCUCCGCUCGUGUCCACUUCCUGUUUUUACGUCCCCGUCCAGACCCAGAGACCCGUUCCCACUCGGACCCCCGC